AUGCCGAAGGCCAAGGGCAAGAGCCGGCGGCAGAAGUUCUCCUACAACGUCAACCGCAAGCGGCUCUACCGCAGCGCGCGCCGCCGCGCCAGGCCCCGCAUCGAGUGCGCGCACGUGCGCCAUGCCUGGGACCCCGCCAAGUCGGUGGCGCAGAACCUGGCCGACAUGGGCCUGGCCGAGGACCCCAACAAGGCCGUCCCCAUCGCCAGGAAGGCGCUGCUGUCAACGCAGGCAGCAGAGGGAGAUGAUGGAAGUGAUGGACAAGAGAAAGGGAAGAAGACCGUGAUAAAGCCCUACGUGUUGAAUGAAAUGGAAUAUGAGGCCAGCCUCCCUGAGAAGAAGUCAAACACGCUCUCACGAGACCUCAUUGACUAUGUGCGAUACAUGAUACAGAAUCACGGGGAGAACUACAAGGAAAUGGCCCGAGAUGAGAAGAACUACUACCAGGAUACUCCCAAGCAGAUCAAGAGGAAGAUCAACGUGUACAAGAACUUCUAUCCUGAGGAGUACAAAGCUUUUAUUGCAUCGCUCAAGCAGGAAAAGAUGGAUGUGCAGUGACCAGGGAGUUCCUGUUCUCAGCUUUGCCUGCAAUUGCAGGCCUGAUGCUAUCACUUUUUAAGGGGCGACGGUCACUCACAGGCU